AUAAGCAACGGAUACUACUUGAAAAGAUUAUAGAUCAAAUGAUAAAUUUUAAAGUUGAUCCAAAAAGAUUUGAAAUUCUAAAGGAAAAUUAUAUUAGGUAUUUGAAAAAUUUCGCUGCAGAUCAGCCUCAUGAACAUGCACGUUACUAUCUUAAAGUCUUACUGACAGAGCAUGUUUGCCUUAAGGAUGAAUUACUAGACUCAACUACUUAUUUAUCUGUGGAGAGACUCCAAUGGUUUAUACCGCAGCUAUAUAAUAAAGUUCAUGUGGAAUGCAUAAUACACGGUAAUGUGACUAAGCUAGAAGCCAUAGAUAUAGUUAAACUAAUUGAAUCUAAAUUGAUAAAUAAUGUGUCUCCCCCAAUACCUUUGUUGCAAAGGCAACUAGUAUUGAAUCGUGAAAUUAAAUUAGAAGAUGGUAAGUAUACGUAACAAUCUCAUUUAGAACAAAUUUGAACGAAUGAGUGUAAAAAGUACCAAUUUAAAUUAGAACAGA